CGUUGUUAGUACGUUAUAAAACGUAACUUUAAAUGCUGAAAAUACUACCUAAAAUAUGGCAUACAUUUUUACAUGUUGUACCUCUGCAACCUGCUUUUUUAUUUGUUUUGUUUUUUGUGCCAUCUGCUGAUGAAUACUAAGCAUAACAUUUUUUCAUGGGCUUUCAGUCUUGCGCACGGUCCUUGUGCAAAGUGUGAGCCGGAAGCCUGGGAAAUUAAUUCAUUCAUUCAUUCAUUGACUUAUUCAUUCAUUCAUUCAUUCAUGAGCCUACUCUUUUGAGCUGUGAUAACUUAAGGGCCCAAACAUUUCAUUUCGCCCCAGUCCACAUUCGUAUUACUUCGUAUUUCCAUUCUAUUGGCAACCUUAUUUUUGAACUUUGUUUUUUAAUUGCUUUAUUUAGACUUUCAUUUUGUGUUUUCAUCUGUUUUAAACCAUUUAUGAAUAUUAAUCAAUCAUAUUCUAUAAUAGCUGUUGCUUGCAUGUAAUUAGUUAUAUAGUAUGCCUUUAAUGUCCUUGUUGAAAAAACCAGCAUAUGCAGCGGAAGAUAUAUGGUUACCAGGGUCAUUUUGGGUGGGACCUUUAUUUUGAAAAAAUAAAUGAUCGUCAGCUGUAAGUACAACUUUUAAAUGGCAUUAAAGUUCCAUUACAGUGAAACAUACCAUAAAGCUAGCUCGAAUUAUUGACAUAUCAAAACCUCUCAAAGCUUCGAGUAAACGUUUCAGAUGAAAUUCUGGACUGGCAAGAUUUUCAGAGCUAAGUUAAUGAGCUUUUCUGGUUCGAGAAAAUAUGAAUGGCAAGAUCAGCAACUUUAUGGAGGAAAGAAAAGCAACGGUGGAAGAAGCACCUUACAUGGAAAUGAAGACGCGUGUUAAUGACAAAAACCAAGAGAAGGAUGACAUCAAACCUGCUUACAAAACACAACCUUCACAAGCCAAACAGACCAAAGAGGAGAGUUCUGGUCUCAGUUUACCUUUGGGAGAAGAGUAUGAAAAAAAGAAGCAGAAGCUAAAAGAAGAGUUGCGUCUCGAUUACCGACGUUUUAUGUCUGAGAAAAAGAAUCGGAGUAUUGCUGAUCCACUUCCACAGUCUCACAUGCUGUCUCUUCCCAUAAGAGAACACAAGUCUGCGAAGGAAAAGUUACAAAAUGAAAGAAACAAAGAAUACAAUCUGUUUCUUAGAGGGCAUGGAACACAGAGAAUAGGGAAACAUUCAACUACUCCACACGCCCUAGAGAGAGAAUGUUUCGGCUCUGUUACUCCAAAACAUACAUUUUCUCCAGAGGUACAAGCACAGAGGGGAAGCCUGAGCCCGGAAUACGUUGCAUCUUUAAGAAGGGAUGUUGCCACUAUAACCGAGCCUGUUCCUGAAGGACAUACAAGACCUCGGAGACACUGGUUGGAAAUGACAGAUAGCUUGGGACGUCCACACGAGCAUUACAGGGAUCACACCAGUUCUGAGGAGGAGCAGGUGGAGCUAGAGCUUGUGGAGAAGGAGAGGAUGAGAAACGUACAUGAAGACACAGAUGUAGCCAGGAGAGAUGGAAAACCUGACAACAGAUCACACAGUCUACAGGCACUGACUCCAGCACAGAGCAGAUCUGUAAAUGAGCAGAACAUGAGCAUGUUUGCUACAGGACUCAACAUUGGUGCUGCUGAAGGGGGCGAGGCCUCUCGGAGGAGGAAGGAACGGUAUAGACAGGACCUUCUGCAGCAAAUAGCUGAACAACAAAACAACAAAAGGAGAGAGAAGGAGCUCGAGUUAAGAGUGGCUGCGACGGCUGUUAUUGAUCCAGAAAAAAAGCCAGACCGAAUCAAACAGUUUGGUGCCGUGACCCGGGCAUACGAGGGCAAAAGAAGGGAUGUACCCUACCGGCCAGAGGUGGGUCUGGAGGUCCUCAGGGCUGACUCUGCCAGGCGGCCCAAAGAUCAGAGACCUCCACAAGCACCAGAAGAGAGAAUACCCCCCGAGAGGCCUCGUGUUGCCUUUCAGUCUCCAGCUUUGGACAACAGCACUGUUUUGAGCCGGCUGGCUAAUGCCUCUGGCAUGGAGAUUGGUGCAGGUCUGGUUAAUGGUAUGCCCAUUAAUGAAGACUAUCACAGAGGCAUCGCAAGCACUAUGGGGGACGUGGUUGCACCAAGAGUUUCAGGUGUGUGGCCUCCAGUGCUUCCCUCCAUCUCAGAAACGUAUCAGACUCCUUAUGAUAAUGUGUAUUAUCACUAUGGAGCUAGAAAUCCUCUAGACCCUCAUUUGGCUAACUAUGGAGCAGCACUAGGUCACCAAGCAAACAUCUCUCCAGAAGCACAAUGGCCCAUCCUGCAGGCUCCGUCUCUCACACAGCAGAGCAUCCAGGCUGGCGUCACUCCUUCAGGACCAGCAUUUCCUGAGAGGUUCCAGCCACACAAGGAAAGAGCUCUUAACUACCAAGAAGCCCUUAAGCAGCAGUUUUUAAUAUUUCAUGAUCCUGGAGCGCAGAUUCAAGAACGGCAAGCAAGACGACAUCGCGAGAAGCUGGAGAAAGAGCUGUACGAAGCUAAGAUUGAAGCAGAGAUGAAGGCCUUCGAGCCCUGGGGUAGAGCUGGAGGAGGAGCUCCUCUGAGAGACGAUCAAGGAAACCUCAUCAGUGAUUUGAAACAAAUGCAUAAGACAAACGUAGAAGCGUAUGAUUCUGGAGGCAGAGUGACACGCCGUAAUACAGCGGCUCCUAGAACAGGGGACCAACCAACAAAGCCUACAGGCUUCUCUUCAGUUCAGCCACCACUGCACGCCCGGGGAAACCUUUUCAAUGAACCGCCAACCCCCCGGCAGAUACACGAGCAGGAAAUUUACAAAGAGUAUUUAAGACAACAGAUCGGGGAAAAACGAAAAAAAGAGGCAGAGGAGAGGGAGCGCGACAGGCUUGAGGAAGAGAAGGAAGAGAGACGAUUGGCCGAACAACGAGCUCGGAUCCAGAGGGAGUAUGAGGAAGAGCAGGAGAGGAAACGGCAGAAGGAGAAAGAGCAAAAUGCCAAAAACGAGGAGUUGAUCAGACAGGCCGAAGAUCGUCGGGAAGAAGCAGAAAGAAAGCGAAAAGAAGCAGAAGAGCGAGAAAAUGAAGCGUUGAGGAAGAGACAAGAGCAAGAACAGCGGACAGUAGUAGAAGAGGUUCACAGGGCACCAUCACCACCCCUGCCAGCCUUGCAGAAGAAACUUCGCCAGCAGGUGCCAAGACCUCCAUCGGUGGAGAGCCACCGGUCUGCUGAAAGUCUGACUGCACGGUCAAUGUCAGCACCACAUUCUCCUCCAGUGCCCGCUCGCAGGAACGAGAUCAGGGCCACAGAAGAAAAGAGGACGGUGAUCAGGGAGCUGUCAGCCUUGCACAGGCAGCUGCGGAAUGAACAAAGACGGCUGGAGGGUCAGCUAAUGCCGCCCACUAGAAAUGACAACCCAUCUGCAGUUUCCAGCAGGCAAAGAGAGCGCCCUACUGAGGAUGUGUUUGAGAUGGCGAGAUUACACAAACAGGUGCCUAUCAGAAGACCAGCUUCACACACCACUGCAGCGGUCAACAUGCAGAACCUACACGAGUUUAACCGGCUGAAGUAUAGAGACACUACAUCACGGGAGAAGGUACGGCAGGUAUAUCCUGAACCUCCCACCGACGAUCACAGUCUAGACAUCCAACAGCAGGCUUUGCUACGACAGCAACAACGAACCAUCUACAACCUGAGGAGAGCAAGACCUGCUGGUUACUUUGACAUGGUGUCUUCAGGUCAACAGCAUCCUGAGCCGAGGAGAAGCUCGGCAGAGGAUGCAGGCAGACACUUGCUAUUAAAUUCAGAGAGCGCUUUUAUCGACCCCAGCAGCGAGUCUUUGUUUUUACAGUCCCGGACGGGUCAGAGAGCUAGAAGAGAUUCUGCCCGAAUGAGACCAGCAGUUGGGAAGACACACAUCAAUGAUGACAUGAGCCGGUACAUUCGACCUGACAGUGGACCUGACAGCCAGUCUGCGCACUCGCUCUCCAGCAUGGAAAUAGAGAGGCUGAGGGAACGCGUGAAGAACAAGAUGACAUCGCUGGAUGACAUGAGAGAACAUGACUGGAGAUCAGGGGAUGCAUCAGCCGACGAAGGGGAGGAGCUAUGGUCACAGACUCCUCCUCUUAACAACAGGCGUGUUUCCAUAGAAACCAUUGGCACAGAGUCCUGGUUACGCCCCAGCUCCUCAGAUACACUGAAGAGAUUCAUUGGAGGUCGCAGGCCAUCCAGCCGAACCCAUGCAAGUCAGGAUUGGGAAGGACCGUCCACCUACCAUGGUUAACCUCAAUGUGAAGACACUAGAAUUGAAAAUUCUUAUGGACAGUCAACGUUUACAUGUUUAUUGUCAAAUAAUUUAUUGCUAAAGAUGAACAUUUAUAAAUGUUCUAUCGGUUUUUUUUUAGGGGGUUGUGGCAUUUUACAUUGUGAAUGAGAUCUUGCACUUUUUAGCAGUAAAUCUAGUCUAUAGUUUUCUAAGUGUUUGAGCAUGUGUCAGAGUCAGAGAAUGGAGUACGAGUCAAAAUACUUGAAGCUUUAUAAUGCGAUCGUGUGUGAAGAUGCAGAAAUCGCAUGGGUCCAGUGAUGUGAAUUUUAUGUAUAGGUAUAUAAGCAUAUAACUAAAACAAUAAACAAGCUUAUGUAAUU